GUGUUUGAUUAAGUAACUCAAAUCGACUCGACUCGAUAGUUAUCCUGUGAAACUCUCAAACAAAACUAUCAAUUUCUCAAUUUCUGCAUCUCCAAAUUGCAUGCAUGCUUUACAUAUGUCUGUUACCUACUCACCCUUUGCCAUUUUCUCCAUUUUUUAAUCAUACCCAUCUCCCAAAACUCAGCUUCUUUCAAAAGGGUUUCUGUUUACUUGAUCAAAAACUGAGCUUUUGAUACUAGACCCAGAAGAAGAAGAAGAAGAAUCUUGCUUUCUUUAUGGCACAGCAGAAGAUGCAUUGUGCUGUCCAAAGAACCCAUAUUGAUAAUCAGAAAGUUAUUGACGGAGGAAAGUGUUACUCGAUUAGGAAGUCUUUAGAACACGAUAAUUACAGAGCAUCUGCAGAGGAUUGUGAAAUUGUUUCUCCCAACGUAAGGAAGUCUGAUAAGAGGUCGACUGUCCUGACAUUAUUUACACCCGAAUCUGCUGGGCUCUGGGAAAUUGUUGCACAAGCACCAGAAUGUCUUGAUCAUGUGAAGCAGUUUGGAUCUGGAGCUGAAGUGAGUAUGGAUGGUCUGCAUCUAGUUACCCCAUCACCCAUUAAUUCAUUUAAAGUUGAUCGACGAAAGCCAUGGAAAGUUCCUCUGCAUGAUGUUACUUAUUCUGUCAAGUCAUUUCCAGCAAGAAGCUUUGUGGGACAUCAAUCUCGAAAUAUGACCUUCAUUAAUAAAACUACUAGAUUGAAUGAAUUUUCUAGUAAUCCAUCCUGUCAAGGUUCUAUCUCUUGCAGAACAUCCUCUCAUAUAAUCCCCCAAAGGUCUGGUUCUUUGAAAUCAUCCGACAUAUUUUGUGAAAACUCCAAAGUAGACAAGGCUAUAAAGAGAAAUUUGAGAAAGAAGGCAAGAAAGAAGGGAAAACAGAAAAAGAAGCUCUCUCGUGAUUCUGUCUCUACCGAACCAGAAGUUUUCUCUGAGGAUUAUGAUUGUGGUACUUUGGUUGCAAAAACCUGUGGUAAGAAUGAUAUGGAUCAUGGUGACAGACUAGUAUCUUGUGCAACUUCACAAGAAGAUUCAUUAUCAGAUAGUAGAGUUAAUGUGAUAGACUUAGAAAACAAUAAUGGCACCAGGAAUUCUUCUGAAUCGCCGAAGACAUGCACAUCCUACAUUGAUGAAAUAGAUCUAUCAGAAGUUAAGGUACCUUCUUCAGUUCAGAAUUUUCAUGGUGGAUAUCAUGUAAUUGAUUCUGAAAUCAGGAUUCAAAUGGAUGACCAAGGAUUUUCCAUUCUUGAUGGAGGAAUAGAAGAGACAAAUCAUCUGCAGACCAGCUGUUAUGGUGGUAUACAUUCAAAUGGAUUACCUGAUAUGCAUGACUCCCGAGUCUUGGAUUCGGUUUCUGUCGGUUCAAACAGUGAUAUUAGUACGAUUACUAGCUGUGAGGCUAAACCGUGUGAUAAGGGAAGCAACGAAAGUGGUCUUUCGGAUCCACCAGAUUAUGGUUCCAGAAAAGGGUGUUUCUCUUGUCCAAACUCAUUAAAUAGUGUUGUAGACUUCUAUGACUACACUGAAGGAUCUAGAACUGGCAAUCAGGGUUUUAGAAGCAGUGACAUGCAAGUGGUUGCACCAGGCAAGAAGAGCAAGCAAGCUAAAAUGGUGCUGAGGGGUUCAAGUGCUUAUAAACUUGGAAGUGCUGGAAAUUCGCAUGGUCGUACUGGGAAGGAAAACAGUCAUCGUGUCUGGCAAAAGGUUCAGAAGAAUAAUACGAGUGAAUGUAACUCUGAUUUUCAGAAAGUACAUCCUGUGGGCUCACAGACUCUCAAAGAGGCUUCUUUCGUUAGAAGAAACCCUAAUGCUGCUGAGGUAGAUAUGUCAUCAAAAACUGAAGAUAAAAAACAGUUAAAACAUAAGGUUUCAAGGAAGCAGAAGCGAAAAACUAGUCCAGGUUCAAAGCAAGAAUACAACUCUUAUUCCCAUAGGGCCUCUUAUUCCAGCAAGGCAAGUGCAAACGCUCAUGCUAAGAUUUCUACUGAACCGAAUGAAAUAUUAGAUAUCUCCACACAGUUUAGUGACCAAAAAAGAUUGGGAAGUGUUCCAAGAUCUCAUUCUCAGAUUGGUUGUCCAGAGGUUGGGUUUCAGAGCAGCAGACUCAAAUCUUUGAAUUCUGAAGCAUUGCACAACUCACACGAUCAUCCAGAAAAUUUGGGAUCAGUUGAAAGUUAUUACAAUACUGUUUCUGAUAUGAAGGAACAAAAUCAGGAUAGCUUAUUGGCAAGUUCCUGCCGUUCUUUGGACAAAAUGAAUAUGUUUGAGGUGCGGUCUCCGGUUUACCUUCCUCAUCUUAUAGUUAAUGAGGCUGCUCAAAAAGAAAAGGACAUUUCUCUUGCUGAAUACAGUAAGCAAAACCAUUGUUCUGGAUCCUUUUUGCAGAAAUGGAUACCUAUUGGGACCAAGAAUCCUCAGAGUACGACCUCUACAAGAUGUAACAGUGUAUCAUCAAGGCAUUCUGAUGGACAAGGUGUUGAGGACUGGAUGUUGAGAAGCAAUGUUGAUGAGAAAGUUGUUACCAAUUCUCAAAAUCUCUUUUCUGUAUUGGCUGUUGAAAGGAUGAGCACAGGCUUGGUUUCUGAAAGUGUUUCUUCUCAGGAGGAUGAAAACUAUACUCCAAAAUUGAAGAAUACAAGUGCCCACACAUUCAAGGAGAAAAAUAGCAAGCUUAUUGCAGCCAAUUGCUUGACUAUUGAAUCUAAAGAUCAAAACUUUUCUGCAGUUGAAACUGAUUUGGACAAGAUUCUGCUGGCGGUGAAUCAUGCCUCUAGGAUGCAAUUGGCAUCUGAAGCUGUUCAGAUGGCCACUGGUUCUCCAAUUGCUGAGUUUGAAAGACUUCUCCACUUUUCCUCUCCCGUCAUUUGUCAUUCACCUAAUAUAAUAAGCUGUAAUGAGUGCUCACAGGACCAGGGUGUUGGGGCAUCUUUGUGCAGACAUGAGAUACCUAAUAUCUCAUUAGGAUGCCUGUGGCAGUGGUAUGAAAAACAUGGGAGCUAUGGGUUAGAAAUAAGGGCAGAUGAUUUUGAACAGUUAAAUAGAUUGGGUGUUGAUCGGUUCUCAUUUCGUGCCUAUUUUGUUCCCUUUUUGUCAGCAGUUCAGCUGUUCAAGAGUGGUAAAAGUCAUUCCACAAACAGAAGGAAUGGUCUUCCUACUCCUGGGAAUUUGGAGGCGGAUGAGAUUGGUGAAACAUCACAAAGCUCCUCUUACAUCGGUCAUCUACCAACAUAUUCGUUGCUAGUUCCUCAGCCUCGCACUUCUGACACAAGUGCUAUGCCACAUGAGAAAGAGGUGUGUAAAUCAGAGCUGUCUCCAGUUUCUUCCAAAGAAGACUUUUCUGUUCCAUCAGUUGACAUGACAUGCUCCAAUGAUUCGGAGCUACUUUUUGAAUAUUUUGAAUCUGAACAACCUCGACAAAGACGGCCAUUUUAUGAAAAAAUUCAAGAGUUGGCUAGCGGUGAUGGGCCUUCUCAGUGGAAAGCAUAUGGAGAUCCAACUUACUUGAACUCCAUAAAUCUACAUGAUCUGCAUCCUACAUCCUGGUACUCAGUGGCAUGGUAUCCUAUUUAUAGGAUUCCAGAUGGCAAUUUCCGUGCAGCAUUUUUGACUUACCAUUCACUUGGUCAUAUGAUUCGUAGAAGUACAAAAGUCAAUUCUGCUAAUGUAGAUAGUAUUGUUUCUCCGGUGGUGGGUCUCCAAAGUUACAAUGCUCAGAGUGAGUGCUGGUUCCAGCUGAAGCACCCUGCUAUGAACCAGACAGCAGAAAGCUCUGGCUUAAACCCUUCCAGGAUUCUCAGGGAGCGGUUGAAGACACUCGAGGAGACAGCAUCUCAUAUGUCAACAGCUGUUGUCAAUAAAGGAAAUCAAACCUCUGUAAAUAGACAUCCUGACUACGAGUUCUUCCGCUCAAGACAACGUAGUUAGAGUGCCUAGAUUUCUAUAAUUGAUCGAUGAAAUAGCGUUGAUGUUACUGGAAUAUUCAGAUAGAAGCUAGCUAACCUCCAGUAGGAAGCUGAAAUGGAUGAUCUUGUUCCUUCCAUGGUUUUUUUCGCCCUUUUUCUUCUAACUCUGGAACAAGGGUUCCAUUUGUGAAUAGCUGUGUGUGUUUCUGCCUUCAAACUCUAAAGGGUGUGUAGUGAAGAUACUGAUUUCACACUAGCUGUAAAUCCGUGUGUUCAAAUUCAGUUGAAGAAUUUUUUAAAUUUAGAGUAAAGUUCUUAAUUCUAUUAAUUCUACACUUCAUUUUGUUUUA